GGGGGUGGGUUGGGGAAUGCUGCUGGACGUCCUCCUCUCCGACCUCAUUGUUACGGGCUGAUGUCAGCUUGUGUUGGUAGCUGCAGCUGUGGUUCUCUCACAGGGACAAUGAGCCUCUAGAUCUGCAGUAACUCACUACCACCCUGGACAGGAGCAAGCAGAAGCAGCAGCACUGCUAGAUUCUGAGCAAGAGUGAACCUGAACAAAAAUAGCUCGGACUGAUUCUUUAUGUGAUUUGCAAGUGAGUUGCACACGUGUCCAACUUUUGAGAAGACUUUCUUACCUACCAAAGAUUUUUUUUUCUACUUGGCCUUCUCUGAAUUCCUCUGUUGUGGAGGCUCCUUAAGAAAACUGAAUGCAUCUUCCUACUGCAGAAACCUCUAACAGAAUGACAAGUGCAGACCAAAGCCUCACAGACAGGGGUCUGAAUGUCACCCUUACUCUUCGACUGCUCAUGCAUGGAAAGGAAGUCGGCAGUAUUAUAGGAAAGAAAGGUGAAACUAUCAAAAGAAUACGGGAAGAGAGCAGUGCACGGAUCAUCAUCUCAGAAGGUUCUUGCCCUGAGCGUAUCAUUACAAUGACAGGAUCAACAGAUACAGUAUUCCGAGCCUUUACCAUGAUUGUACUCAAAUUGGAAGAGGAUCUUGCAACAACAUCUCUCAAUGGACUGGUAGCAAGCAAACCACCGGUCACCCUUCGUUUAGUUAUUCCAGCCAGUCAGUGUGGCUCUCUCAUAGGGAAAGGGGGUUCAAAAAUCAAGGAAAUACGAGAGAGUACAGGUGCACAGGUACAAGUGGCUGGGGAUCUCCUUCCUAAUUCAACAGAGCGAGCCGUCACUGUUUCAGGAACGCCUGAGGCCAUCAUUGAAUGUGUCCGCCAUAUAUGCACUAUCAUCCUGGAGUCCCCUCCAAAAGGUGCAACCAUUCCAUACCGUCCAGGUCUCUCAAUGGGUACCAUUCUUUUAUCAAACAAUCAGGCAUAUGCACUUCAAGGCCACUACGCUCUCCCACAUCCUGACUUGACAAAACUUCAGCAGUUGUCUUUGCACCAACUACCAUUUUCCCCCCUCAGCCAUGCUUCAGUAGUUUCAGGAAUUGAACCUAGCCCCAAAAGCACAUCUCAGGAACUCCUCAUUCCAAAUGAUCUCAUUGGUUGCAUCAUUGGUCGUCAAGGAAGCAAAAUCAGUGAAAUACGUCAGAUGUCUGGAGCGCAAAUUAAAAUAGGUAACCAGACAGAAGGAUCAAGUGAGCGCCUAGUAACCAUAACUGGAAGUCCUCUCAGCCUGUCCCUUGCACAGUAUCUGAUUGGAACAUGUUUAGAGACAGCCAAACUUGCCUCCCAGACCAAUCCGAUUUCAGCCCCCGUUGACCUAAGCAUGACCUUCUCCCAGUCUGCAAAUCCUUCAUCUGCAGUACCAGCCCUAGCAGGUCCUACACCUCUGAUCAGCACACCUUAUGCCAUUCCUGUCUCCAGUCUCAUCGGUGUGAAAUCUAUCCCUUUCCUGGCCUUGUCACCAACGACUGCAGGGGCUCCUGGGAACAUGACCGCCUACACCAGCAAAAUGCCCAGCAUGAAUGGAGUUAAGAGGACUGACAGGCAGAAAUUUUCUCCGUACUGAAGACAAGAUGAAGAUUGUCCUGUUUAAAAGCUUGAUAUACAAGGCUGAUCAGAGACUCAUGCCAGAAAAUUUUCCAAGAUUUACAGACUACUAUGUAUUCUUUUUGCAAGAAUAAGAGUUCCUUAUAAGACUGUACAACCGAAUCCACUUUGGUUGCAGGAAGUGCAGUUUGGCAUAUAGGCUUCACAAUGCGGCAUCUGAUUUUUUUCUAAACUCUGGCUCUUUCCCUGUGGGUGAGGGCUUGAAAGGUGUACGUAAAACAUUUUCUGCAAAGUUGGCCUACUAGCAUGUUAAUAUCAAAUGAAUUGUGAAAUGCUAUGUUAUGUACAUGAUGUCAGUCUAGAGUUUUGUUUUCAGGAAUAAAAAAUACAAAAUAAACUAAUCUGUGUCAUCAGAUUAGGAACAAUGUUACUACAUACAAAGCAGGAUGUGUUUGAGUCAUCAUAGAGCGGAAUAGUGCUGUUCCAUAUCAAAACAGGGAUAUCCAUGCUGCAACCUUAUUAUAUAUGUAUACACAAGUUGAAAUAAGUUACUACUGCCUUGUCACAUUUAUCUGUAGUAGGUUUGUUGUCUCUUUUUCAAUUAGUAGACAAGUAUUUUAGUUUUUUGCCCAUAUGGUAUUUUUCCAGUGAGGAGAAUAUCCUCUUUUUUUGUAUUCAAGACCAAAGAAACUGUAUUUCUUGAAACUACUGCAGCUGGACAAAAUGAACAAGGUAGGAUUCUAAUAGGAAAUGUUCAUAAACAUCACUGUUUCAUAAUUCAAUUGAUGAAAUUGUGGCAGAAAGAAAGACAGAAAAUGCAUAUAAAUAAAUGGAUAGAUAAAUGGAUAGAUAGAUAGAUAGACAGAUAGAGACAGGAUAAUAACACUAUUGGAGUGCAUAUGUAUUCAAGUACUACUUUAUGAUACUGGAUUAGUAUGUGUUCUGUAUGUAUCAGAUUUUAGCUAUGAAUGUUUUAUCUCACAGUACAGUCAGAUGGGUACAUUUGUAAUAAAUUAUACCUUGCCUUGAACACAUUAGUCCACUCCACACCUCACUUGAGAAAAAAAUGGGGAACACUGUGGAGUUGUUGCUGUGUUGUAGCAAUGGCUAAAGGCAGGAGGACUAUCUUUGAAGGAACUGUUACAAAGAUUCAUGUCAAAACUGAACAUAUGAUCACUCGUGUCAGUUAAGCACUGGAACCGGAGUCUGUUACAUUGUACACUGCCUUUUGGCAAUGUGUUCAGCAUUUGUCAGUGCUGUGUAAUUCAUGCUCCCUAUCAGGUUAUCAGAAGGUUCUCCGAAUUAACACACACCAGUUUGCAUGCCUUUUCCCUACCUUACUAGUUGUACAUGUUACUUGAUGUACUUGUAUAUAUGGCAUGAUGCAGUUUUAUUGUUAAUAGUAUUGUGAUUUUGACAACUGUUCUAAAUCUUGUGGGAAACGUUUAAGGCUAAGUGGGAAUGUGUGUCCUGCUUUCCAUUCCCCACGUACACCAUUUCCUGACAAGGUUUUCUUACUUCCCAUAUGCCUGCUGUUGUAUUUUGUUUGAAGUUCUAAUCACAACACAGCUUGAAAUUCUAGCUGAGGGGAGGGGUGCUACCCAGUCCUAAUAUUCACCUUCCAGUCACUGAAGUUUCCUUCAUCUUGCACUAGUUUUGGAACCUUCAGUAUCUUAGUCUCAACGUAAGUCAGUAUUACUAUAUAGUUUAUCUUUAGUACUGUUCAUGCUAGCAUAUCCUUUCUAUUUGGACUUUUUAAUAAAUUUGUUUUGUGGUGUUUCUUAAAGAUAAAGUAAAAAAGUCUGGACACUGA